AUGACCCACUAUUUCCUUCAAGAAUCCAAUCUCGAGAAUUCCAGAGCUUCUAGAAUUGCCUGGCUCUUAGAAGAGUUGAAUGUGGACUACGAGAUCAAAGCUUAUCCUAGAACCAAGGAGUAUCUUGCUCCUAAGGAGCUUCUCGAUGUAUUCCCCACGGGAAUGUCUCCAGUGUUGACCAUCAUUAAGGAAGGCUCAGAGCCACUUACCAUUGGCGAGUCGGGCCACAUUGUCAAUUACUUGAUCGAGUACUACGACAAGGACGGCAAGUUCACGCCCAAAACUCAUAAUGACAAGGAAUUGGUGGAUUUCUACUUACACUUUUCUGAGGGAAGUAUCCAGCCCCAUUUGGUGUCGAUUUUAGUAGGUAAUAUCGCUGGACAAAAGGUUCCUUGGCCCUUCCGUUUUGUCACCAAUCAAGUGUUCUCGAAGAUGAACUCGACUUUUUACGCCAAGAGGCUCUUCACCAACUUCCGGUACUUGGAUGACCAGUUGGCUAAGAAGGGAGGAGGAUACUUUGUAGGAGAUCACUUGACCGGAGCUGAUUUCAUGUUGGAUUUCCCAAUUAACAAUGGUCUCUUCCUGGAUCGUGCUGAUUUGGUGGGUCAAGGAAAGGACAUGAAGAAGGAGUUUCCUAAUUUAUAUAAGUGGAGCCAGAUGAUCAAGAAGGAGCCAUUGCGAAUCAAGGCUGAUGAGGAAGCAAAGGCCAAGUUGUAA